ACUCCACCUCCUCCGCAAUGGCACAGGUACCGGACGACGACGUACCGGGUCCGGGUCAAAUGUUCGCUCAAUUUGGGGCGGGCUGUUUCUGGGGCGUCGAAUUGGCGUUUCAGAGAGUGCCCGGUGUUACCAAGACGGAGGUCGGGUAUUCCCAGGGGAUUCUCGAUAACCCCACCUAUGAGGAUGUGUGUACGGACAGUACGAAGCACUCGGAAGUAGUCCGGGUCCAGUAUGACCCGAAGGAGUGCAGCUAUGAGAAUCUGCUUGACGCUUUCUGGGGAAAACAUGAUCCUACUGCACUCAAUCGCCAGGGGGGUGAUGUGGGCACCCAGUACCGAUCAGGAAUAUACUUCUACACACCUGAACAAGAGAAGGCGGCCAUAGAGUCUAAGGAAAAACAGCAAAAGAUUCUCAACAGGCAGAUUGUCACUGAGAUUCUGCCAGCAAAGAAAUUCUACAGAGCGGAAGAGUAUCACCAGCAGUACCUUGCGAAGGGUGGCAGGUUUGGUUCCAAGCAGUCCACCGAUAAAGGAUGCACUGAUCCUAUCCGUUGCUAUGCCUAAGACAUUUGUUUUUACGUGUGUGUAUUUCAUUCCAUAUUUGCAACUCAGAUUCUAUACUCAAUUACGGUUGCUCUGUAUGUUUAAUAUGAUUUGAUAUGUGUUUGGGGUGUGUAACGUGUAUACAUAAUAAUCUCUCCUGUGAGCUAUUUUGCUUAGAAAAUUGUUGGGAAAAAACACUCCGGACUUUCCCGCUUCGUGAAGUUAAGAUAUGCACUUAGGAAAUUAGGUAGCGAUGAGAGCACACGAUUUAAAUUCUCCAAUAUGGAGAUUCUUCCACUAUACAAAAGAAUAGUAGGAUUUACAAGGAUGUUACAAAAUUGUCUCACUCAAUGGUGGC